GUUGUUUUACAGUUCUUGGAUUGACCGCACUCUAGUGUAGCAUGCAGUUCAAACCUGAAGCACCGCUGUGAUGACUGCAGCUCACCUGCUCUGGGGUUAUUUUAAGAAAGCAGAAGCAGCAUCAUUUGCACACCCCUUAUAGACACACAGUUGGCUAUUUGGCUUCAGUCUUUCAACAGUGAAGACAAGAUGAAGACCCACUUGCUUCUCUGGGGAGUCCUGGCCAUUUUUGUUAGGGCUGUCCUUGUAACAGGUGACGACGAAGCGACCAUUCUUGCUGACAACAAAUGCAUGUGUACCCGAGUUACCUCUAGGAUCAUCCGUUCCACCGAGGAUCCUAAUGAGGACAUUGUGGAGAGAAAUAUCCGAAUUGUUGUCCCUUUGAACAACAGGGAGAAUAUCUCUGAUCCCACCUCCCCACUGAGAAGGAACUUUGUAUACCACUUGUCAGACGUCUGUAAGAAAUGCGAUCCUGUGGAAGUGGAGCUGGAAGAUCAGGUUGUUACUGCCACCCAGAGCAACAUCUGCAAUGAAGAUGAUGGUGUUCCUGAGACCUGCUACAUGUAUGACAGAAACAAGUGCUAUACCACUAUGGUCCCACUUAGGUAUCAUAGUGAGACCAAAAUGGUGCAAGCAGCCUUGACCCCUGAUUCUUGCUAUCCUGACUAGUUUGAACUACUCACCAUGCAGCUCGUUGUCCUUAGAGGCUCUCCAUUUGCAUCCAGAAGUUAUACUCACUGCUAAUGAAUUUGAAACCAGACUUUUUUCCCCCUGUGGUAUAAAACUAAUGUUCCCUUUCGAUCAUUAGAAUAUCAGAAUUGCUGUCAUUAUUAUGUAAUUCUUUCUCAAUUCGAAGUAGUAAAUCCUCAUGUCUGCUCAAGGAGAUAUGUUUAAAAGUUCAUUUUCCAGUGUUUAAAAUUGUAAACAAGGGGAGAAAGUAAAAUUCCAGGAGUAAAAGUCAAGAGGUAUAAUUAAACCCAACCCUUUCCUUCCUUCCUCUGCUGUGGAGAGCUGGAGCUUUCGCACAUCCUGUACUAGUCUUUCUCUUAACCUCUCACAGUGUAGAGAAAACAGCCAAUGAACACAGGAAGUUACAUAUCUUCACUAGAAGUUAUAAAGGACAUGUUUUGGAACUAUUUACUAAUAUUUAUGAAAGACUUUAUCUGAAAGUGAUAUAAUUUGAUGCACAAAUGAAAAAAAUGGAUGUUGAUAGAAUACAUAGACUUGGCAUUAGAUUUCCUUGAUAAUAUUUUUGACAGUGAGAUUAUUAUCUGAAAUUCUUAGGGGGAGUCUUUGGUGUCUCAGCUAAAUCUAACGAAUUUGUAUUCCAAAAUAUGUAUUCUCUAGUACAGUUUGAACAAUUAAAUAGAGUGCUAAGCAUA